AUGGAUAUUCAAUAUUCUGGGGAAGAGGCGACCAAGGAUCCUGUGACAGGAGCGACCUUCUCUCCACAGAUUCCAUCCGUAUUCCCGCAAAUGCCGAAGGAGCGACAAAUCAUCAAAAAGGAUGGAUCUUAUGACAUUGAUCCAGGAAAAUCCCCCACAAAAGCCUCCAGCCGUUAG